UCAUUGCCCGCCAUCUUUCUUUACAGCAAGUUAGCCGGACAAAAUAAUAACUGGUGUCGCAUGGAAAUUUCUGUAAACUUCGACCAUUUUAGUCGUCCAGUUUAACCAAGCAGUGUGAAUAACGACUUUAACACCGUACAGCAGGAACCGAAUUGCAGGUACACCGCGCCUAUCGGCCAUUAAACGCACAAAUUUGUGAGGAGCGCUCGGGUUGAGUUGGUCAACAUGGGCCGCUCUCGGAGCCGCAGCUCGUCCCGGUCAAAACACUCAAAAAGCAGUAAGCACAGCAAGAAACGCAGCCGGUCAUGUUCCAGAGACAGGGAGAGAUCCAAGAAGCGGUCCAAGUCCAGAGAGUCGAAAAGGAGCCGGCGCAGAGAGUCUCGGUCCCGGUCGCGGUCCACUACAGGCCGCAGAGAGCGACCUGCUUCCCCGCCGGAGCGAAUCGACAUUUUCGGCAGGACACUGAGCAAAAGGAACGCCCUGGACGAGAAGCAGAGGAAAGAGGAGGAGGAACGGAAAGCAGAGAUGGAAAGACAACGGAAGAUAGAGCUGAAGGAAGCCCAGCCGCAACUACGGUCUGGUUUUAGAGCUGCUGCCUGUCAGCGAGAACCCAGAGGACCUUCUUCCUUUCAACCCCGGGAACUCCUUCCCGUUGGACCUGGUCUUAACCUUGCCAGUGGUGGAAGCUUCGCUGGUGGUCGUGUCACUGAACCCCAGCCAGUGUUGGUCCAGGUGCAGGAGGAGCGUGAUCCACGUCCCUGUGAUCCCCACCCACGUGUCCGCCAGCAGGAGAUUGAAGAGAAGCUGAUCGAAGAGGAAACGGCACGGCGCGUGGAAGAGCUGGUGGCCAAACGAGUGGAGGAGGAACUGGAGAAACGCAAGGACGAGAUAGAACGGGAGGUGUUGCGGCGUGUGGAGGAGGCAAAGCGCAUCAUGGAGCGGCAGCUGCUGGAGGAGCUGGAGAGGCAGCGGCAGGCUGAGUUGGCUGCACAGAAGGCCAGAGAGGAGGAAGAAAAAUCUAAACGGGAGGAGCUGGAGAAAAUCCUGGAGGAGAAUAACCGCAAGAUCGCCGAAGCCCAGGCCAAACUGGCCGAGGAACAGUUGCGUAUAGUGGAGGAGCAGAGAAAGAUUCAUGAGGAGCGCAUGAAGCUGGAGCAGGACCGUCAGAGGCAGCAGAAGGAGGAGCAGAAAAUCAUCCUGGGCAAGGGCAAGUCCAGGCCCAAGCUCUCGUUCUCCCUCAAGGCGUCCGAGUGACACGCUGCUCCCCCUCAUCCACGUGUCUUGCCCAGUCUUCUUCCCCGAACCAGCUCUCCUCCAUCGUACACCCCCUCUCCUCCUCCUCCUCCUCCUCUCCAGCACGCUCGCUUCGUUUUGGAAGUGCUGAUGACAGGCCACAUAAAGGGUGCGCCCCAGUGCGUCGCCGUCCCGGCUCCCACGCAGACCCUUAGCGGCUGCCCUGGCCUCGGAGAGGAGGCAGCUCUGCCCGCUGCCCACCUCCUCUUCCUCCUCCUCCACCACCGCACAGAGGACUGUAGUUUGUGCCGUCUCCCCAGUUUUAUUUCUGUUUUUAGGGAAGGUGAACUUUUCAUGUUGAGUGCUAUUUACUUGUCCCACUAGUCUUAACUAACGGUGAGCCGUGCGUCUGUGCUCCGACUUCAGCGCCACUUCUUCAUGUCGAGGCUUCUGUGACUGUCCACUUCAGUGUAAAACCUCAUGUGCAGCUUGGGAGUUGGCCUGUGGUUUUCCUGUUUCUUUUCUUUUUUUUUUUUUUUUGAGUGGGCCUCAGUAAAUUCACUGACAGUGGUAACAAAUCACAGCACACACACACACACACACACACACACUCUAAAAGCACAGCAGCAUCACAGCCGUCUGACAGUGUCCUGUAACGUCACUUCACCUCACACACGUGGACUGUUUUUUUUUUUUUUUUUUUUUUUUUUUCUCUGUCUUCCACUAUUGGAUCUGAAGAAAAUAAAGAUUUGAAGUGCAGGUGAGCCUCAGACACGACUCCCAUGCUGCCCGUGACUCGACCACAAACCUACAACAGGAUAUGUCUUUGUCCCCCCAUAACGGGGCCUGUGGGUAACGGGAGGGGGUGUUUCCUGUAUGAUGUAAUGUUAUUAACCUUGCUGUGAUGUGCUAACCACCCCCUCCCCCCCAGGCAAGAUUGUUAUGAAUUUAGUUUGCAGUUUGGGGGGGGGCAUUGUUUUAUCAGACUCUGGCGAAGCGGGUGACGUGUACAUAAAGCCGACCGUGCGGUCCGUGUGCUACCCCUCAGUUUUGUUGUAGUAGAUUAAGUUGGAAAGGCGUCUCACUUGGUAAGUGUUGAUUCGUAGAGGAUGGACAAGUCCAGGUAAGGUGAGCAGG